AGUCAUUAUUUUUUGAUCUCCUUCUUCACUCUGCCCAUUCGGAAGAUGAGUUCUCCAGACACGCAUUCGGUGCGCGAUUUUGAGGACGACGAUGAGUUGAGACAUUACUGUGGAGUGUUCGCCGCGAUCGGAGGCGGGGAAUGGCCGUCGCCGAUGGAUGUGGCUCACACGAUCUGCCUCGGGCUGGUGGCACUACAACACAGAGGUCAAGAGAGCGCAGGCAUGGUCACCAGUAAAGGCGGGAACGUCAAGACGUUUGCUGUCCAUCGAGGCAUGGGACUCGUCAGUAAUGUUUUCAAUGAGCCGUCCAUGGUAAAACUCCAUGGUAACCUCGGGGUGGGUCACACAAGAUACUCCACCGUCGGAGGCUCGGAGCACGAAAACGCUCAACCGUUCGUAGUUCACACAAACCACGGGCUCUUGGCCAUCGCUCACAAUGGUGAGCUCGUCAAUGCUUUGAAGCUGCGCAAAAGAAUUCUCAAUGCAGGAAUUGGACUCACGACAGGGUCGGAUUCCGAGCUGAUCAUGCAGAUCCUCUCACAACCUCCACCGGACGCAUCAGAAAGAGACGGGGCCGACUGGCCUGCGAGAAUACGGAACCUCAUGUCUUUGACUCCGACAGCCUAUUCUCUCGUCAUGAUGCACGAUGACACCAUCUACGCGGUCAGAGACCCUUUCGGGAAUAGACCGUUGUCGAUAGGCAUCGUUCUACCGCCUAACGGGCCUCGAGAUCCUUCUAGACCGGAAGACUCCGCAGAGGGUUGGGUCGUUUCCUCUGAGAGCUGCGCUUUUAAAUCUGUCGGUGCUCAGCUCUAUCGCGAAGUACUUCCGGGUGAGAUCGUCGCUCUCACGAGCUCUGGACCGUCGACCUGCUGCAUUGUCCCGCGACCUUUCCCUGUGGAUCCAGCGUUUUGCAUUUUCGAGUAUGUCUACUUCGCUCGACCAGAUUCGAUAUUUGAAGGCCAGAUGGUCUACAACGUGCGUAUGGAGUGUGGCCGACAGCUGGCGAGAGAGGCGUUUGUCGACGCCGAUAUUGUAUCCACUGUACCCGAAUCAGCGACUCCUUCAGCUCUAGGUUUCUCUCAAUUGACCGGAAUUCCGUAUGCGGAAGUUCUGUGUAAAAAUCGCUAUGUAGGACGAACCUUCAUCCAGCCAUCGACGAGAUUGCGGAAACUUGGAGUGGCGAAGAAGUUUGGACCCCUCUCGGACAAUUUCGCCGGGAAGCGGAUCAUUCUCAUCGACGAUUCGAUUGUGCGGGGCACAACGAUCGGCCAGAUUGUCAAAUUGUUGAAGGAUGCCGGGGCUAAGGAGGUUCACAUACGAAUCGCCUCUCCACCGUUGCACUAUCCGUGCUACAUGGGCAUCAACAUUCCAACAUCUGACGAACUGAUUGCCAAUAAACUAAAUCCGAACCAGCUGGCGGAAGAGGUUGGGGCGGAGAGCCUCAUCCACCUCUCCGUUGAAGGUCUAGAAGCCGCCGUACGUAAGAACAUCGAUCGCUCUAAAGUCAAGGAAAUCGGUCACUGCACUGCUUGUCUCACGGGCAAGUACCCCGUCAGCAUUGACUUCUAGUUCGCUGUUGUUCAUCUCCGAAUGAGUGUUUUGGAUUCUCCUAAUCAGUCGUCGCAAUCUUUCUCGCCAUAAGCCGCGGAAGGCUCACGACACAAAAAAUAUCAACAGCCUUUCUGGCGUAGCCGACGCAGGGAGCAUGCGCUAAGACGAAGCACGCGCUCAAGGAAGAAGACAGAAUACAGAAUAAUAUUCACUUAUUCUAAGUGAAUAAGUGAACACAGAGCAAACUCGUUCUAACAAACUCCAAGGACGGGACAAUUACGUACACCUUGUUCUACUUUCGGGACUCUUUGCGAAAAUGGGAAAACUACAUGAGAAACUCAAUGUAGCUCUGCUUCCAGGUAGUCGAAUAGAAAGAAAUGUUCUUAGGUCCUCAUUAGGGCGAUUUUUAUACGAUUUUUCGAAAAGGAGCCGGGGAAUCGGUUCCGAGAAUGAUUCAGACUGGGCUGUUUGAAAAAGGUAAUGGAUGUUCAAAAAAUUGCUGCCCAAGGACAACCUUAUGAUUUUUCAAUAGGUUUAAUGAUUCAUGUAUCUAGACGACUGUUCAUAUUUUCGAUCAGAGCUACCAGUGAUCUACCUUAGGCGCUCCGUCGCUCCAGACGACAGACAUAUGAAUCCCGCAGUCGGCUCACAGCUGACGAUUCAUUAAAUGUGUACAUAUUAAUAAAUUCAUAUCUCUUGAA